AUGGAGGUACGAUACAAGCCCCUGUGGUACUAUAGUACUAAAGUGGAGGUACGAUACAAGCCCCUGUGGUACUACAGAACUAAAGUGGAGGUACGAUACAAGCCCCUGUGGUAUUAUAGAACUAAAGUGGAGAGGCGCUACCUGACAAGUCCACCACCUGGCCUGACAAGUACACCAUCAGGCCUUACAAGUACACCACCUGGCCUGACAAGUCCACCAUCAGACCGUACAAGUCCACCAUCAGGCCUUACAAGUACACCAUCAGGCCUUACAAGUCCACCAUCAGGCCUCACAAGUACACCAUCAGACCUUACAUGUACACCAUCAGGCCUUACAAGUACACCAUCAGACCUUACAAGUACACCAUCAGGCCUUACAAGUCCACCAUCAGGCCUUACAAGUAUACCAUCAGGCCUUACAAGUCCACCAUCAGGCCAUACAAGUCCACCAUCUGGCCUGACAAGUACCCCAUCAGGCCUGACAAGUCCACCACCAGGCCUUACAAGUCCACCAUCAGGCCAUACAAGUACACCAUCAGGCCAUACAGGUCCACCAUCAGGCCGUACAAGUACACCAUCUGGCCUAACAAGUACACCAUCUGGCCUGACAAGUACACCAUCAGGCCGUACAAGUACACCAUCUGGCCUGACAAGUACACCAUCUGGCCUGACAAGUACACCAUCAGGCCUUACAAGUCCACCAUCAGGCCUUACAAGUACACCAUCAGGCCUUACAAGUACACCAUCAGGUUUUACAAGUCCACCAUCUGGCCUUACAAGUCCACCAUCAUGCCUUACAAGUCCACCAUCAGGCCUUACACGUACACCAUCAGGCAUGACAAGUCCACCAUCAGGCCUUACAAGUCCACCAUCAGGCCUUACAAGUACACCAUCAUACCUUACAAGUCCACCAUCAGGCCAUACAAGUACACCAUCAGGCCUUACAAGACCGCCAUCUGGCCUGACAAGUACACCAUCUGGCCUGACAAGUACACCAUCAGGUUUUACAAGUCCACCAUCAGGUUUUACAAGUCCACCAUCAGGCCUGACAAGUACACCAUCAGGUUUUACAAGUCCACCAUCAGGUUUUACAAGUCCAGCAUCAGGCCUGACAAGUACACCAUCAGGUUUUACAAGUCCACCAUCAGGUUUUACAAGUCCACCAUCUGGCCUUACAAGUACACCAUCAGGCCUUACAAGUCCACCAUCACGUUUUACAAGUACACCAUCAGGCCUUACAAGUCCACCAUCACGUUUUACAAGUACACCAUCUGGCCUUACAAGUCAGUCCACCAUCUGGCCUUACAAGUACACCAUCAGGCCUUACAAGUACACCAUCAGGCCUUACAAGUCCACCAUCUGGCCUUACAAGUACACCAUCUGGCCUUACAAGUCCACCAUCAGGCCUCACAAGUACACCAUCAGGUUUUACAAGUCCACCAUCAGGCCUCACAACCAAGUGAAUCCGAAGAAACGAAACUUUUCUGGGGGUAAUUUCUUCUAUUACGAACUGUUCCCUUCGAUUGAACGAAGCGCAAAUCUCUACGAAGAGACAAAUCCGGGUAGAGCUCGAAGUGAUGCUGCUGGUGCAGAUCUCCGCCAUUUAAAGCGUGUUGUGUAA